UACCUCUACCCGACGAACGUGCCUAAGCGAGACUAUCAGUAUGAGAUCAUCGCUAGUUGUCUCCUGGACAAUACGUUGGUAGCGCUGCCGACCGGUCUGGGGAAGACCUUCAUUGCCGGGACCGUCAUGCUGAACUUUUACCGGUGGUUUCCGAGGGGAAAGAUUGUGUUUCUGAUGCCUACGAAACCGCUCGUUACGCAACAACACGAAGCUUGUCAGACGACGUGCGGGAUUCCGAGUGCGGAUGCGGCGACGAUAACGGGUGAUGAUCCGGAAGGAUGGAGAGAUACGGCAUGGAGCACGAAGCGAGUGUUUUACGCGACACCACAGACAUUCUUGAUCGAUAUGGCGAAAGGAAGGCUUGAUCCCGCUGAUAUAGUGCUAGUUAUCGUUGAUGAGGCCCACAAGGCGUCUGGAAACCACUCUUACGUGCAAUGCAUCUCGUACCUUCAGGCCGUACAUCCAUAUUUCCGGAUCGUCGCCCUCACUGCAACACCAGGAAGGACAACCGAGAAGGUUCAAGAGGUCGUGGACAAGCUGCAUAUCAGCAGGAUCGAGAUCAGGGAGGCCGAGUCGCCGGAUAUUGCCAAGUACAUGUUCAAGAAGAACAUUAAUCAUCAUCCGAUCGAAUUGAGCGCUGAAUUCGAAAGUUUGGUCACGAGCUUGACCGAAUUGAUGGAACCCCUCGCCAGGUCUAUCUCCUCGACGGGACUUAUGCGGACACCCGAUAGUCGCUACCAGCUUCGUUUCAUGAAGCCAUUCACUGCACUCAUGGCCAUGAACGGCAUGUUCGCCGAUAAAAGCCAUGCACGGCUCAUCGGCUCUGCAAAACAGCUGUAUCAGUUGGCCACCGCGUUGACACAUCUGACGGAAUACAGUCUCGGAAUGUUUUUCACCGCGCUUAAAGCCAUCAAUGGGUCCGAGCAGUCUUCUAGCAAGGGGAAGACAGCGAAAAAGCCUGGUAAUCGAAUACAAAACAACAAGGUCUUCAGGGAAAUGUACCAAAACACGCAAGACUUGAUAGAGAGCGGGGGACAACAUCCAAAAUUUGCCAAAGUCAUACAGUUGUUGGGCGAUCACUUGGAAGCCAAGAGAGUCGGCAGUCAGAGCGGAGAGAACAGCGUAACGCGAUGUAUGAUCUUUUGCAGCUUCAGAGAAGGAGUGAACGAGCUAGUGGAAAUGCUGAACAAGCAUCCACUCAUCCGGGCUCACAAAUUCGUGGGCAGAGCUCAAGGAAAGGAUGUGACAGACAAGGGACUGACGCAAAAAGAGCAGAAAACGGUCAUUGACAAGUUCAAGAAGAACGACUACAACUGCCUUGUCGCCACGAGCAUCGGUGAAGAAGGUCUGGAUAUUGGGGAAGUCGACUUUAUCAUAAUCUACAACUGUCCAAAGACUUCGAUCAAAGCGCUUCAACGUAUCGGACGAGCUGGUCGAAAACGCGACGGUCACAUCCACGUGCUUGCAACCGUAGGCCGAGAAGACCGAAAUUGGGAUGCUGCCAUUUUCAAUCACCGAGAAAUCCAGUCCGAGAUCAUUAUUGGCGCAAACCUGGAAUUGUACGACGAUGCCCCACCACUACUC